AUCCGUUCCGAGGCGUGACUCAACGGAACGUCAGGUAGAGCGAACCUCGUGCUUCGGACUCAUACAGAAUAAUGACUGAGGCACAAUUAAUUUUCGAUGAUUAUGGCAAGCCCAUUAUUGUUGUUAGAGGUCAAGAAACCGAAAAACGAUUGACUGGAAAUGAUGCAAUCAAGUCACACAUCCUGGCUGCUCGGUCAGUGGCAUCCAUCCUGCGCACAUCUCUGGGGCCUAAAGGCCUUGACAAGAUGAUGGUGAGUUCUGAUGGUGAUGUCCUCAUCACCAACGAUGGUGCCACAAUCCUGAAGCGCAUGGAUGUGGAGCAUGAGGUUGCCAAGCUCCUUGUGCAGCUCUCACAGAGUCAGGAUGACGAGAUUGGUGAUGGAACUACUGGAGUUGUAGUACUUGCUGGGGCUCUCCUGGAGAAGGCUGAAGAUCUGCUAGACAAGGGAAUCCACCCUAUCCGCAUUGCUGAUGGUUACGAGAGUGCAGCACGUGCUGCCAGUCAGCAUCUUGACGCUAUAGCCGAGCAGUAUCCUGUUGACCCACAGAACCUAGAGCCUCUCAUCCUGACUGCCAUGACCACACUUGGAUCAAAAAUUAUCAACAGAUGCCACCGUCAGAUGGCUGAGAUUGCAGUUGACGCUGUGAUGUCAGUUGCAGAUCUAGAAACUCGAGAUGUUAACUUUGAGCUCAUCAAAGUUGAAGGCAAAGUUGGAGGCAAGUUAGAAGACACGCGACUAGUUCGAGGUGUGGUUGUUGACAAGGACUUCUCGCACUCACAAAUGCCCAAGGAAUUAAAGGAUGUAAAAAUCGCCAUCUUGACAUGCGCGUUUGAACCGCCCAAGCCCAAAACCAAACACAAGCUCGAGGUCUCCACUGCUGACGAGUACCGCGCGCUGCACAAAUAUGAGCAGGAGACCUUCGUUAAGAUGGUUGACCAGGUGAUCGCAGCUGGCGCAACACUGGCCAUCUGUCAGUGGGGUUUUGACGACGAAGCCAACCACCUGCUGCUGCAGAAGGGCCUGCCUGCCGUCCGGUGGGUGGGAGGCCCCGAGAUCGAACACAUCGCCAUAGCCACGAAUGGACGCAUCGUGCCGCGCUUCGAGGAGCUCACGCCUGAGAAGCUUGGCACUGCUGGCUCAGUCAAGGAGAUCAGCUUCGGCACCACCAAGGAUACGAUGCUGGUGAUCGAGGGCUGCCCCAACUCGCGCGCGGUCACCAUCUUCAUCAGAGGCGGCAACCAGAUGAUCGUGGACGAGGCCAAGCGCAGCAUGCACGACGCGCUCUGCUCCGUGCGCAACCUCGUGCGUAAUGACAAGGUCGUCUACGGCGGCGGUGCUGCUGAGAUCAGCUGUGCUCUCGCCGUCGCUGCUCAGGCCGAUAAGAUCUGCACGCUGGAGCAGUACGCAUACAGAGCGUUCGCUGACGCCCUGGAGGUGAUCCCCAUGGCACUGGCGGAGAACUGCGGCCUGUCGCCCAUAGACACGCUCACCGAGGUCAAGUCCAUGCAGCUCAAGACCGGCAACACCGCCCUCGGCAUCGACUGCGUUGGUGCCGGCACUCUCGACAUGAAGGUGCAGCACGUGCUCGAGUCGCUGCACAGCAAGAAGCAGCAGAUCCUGCUCGCCACGCAGCUCGUCAAGAUGAUCCUCAAGAUCGACGACAUCCGCACCACGCAACCCGGCGGCGAAUAGCACUUGUUCCCCCGGCAUCCGUUCCCGCACUCCUCACUAUUACGGAUUUCUUAAUGAUCAUUCAUUUUGUUUCGUCUCCGCUUCAUUACAAUUUAGUAUCUCUUUACCAUUUAUUUCAUUGGCAGGAAGGUUUCCAUCUUUUUUUUUCCUUCCCUGUUCCGUUCUUGUUUUGUCUAAUACUCGCAAUUUAGUAGGUCACGUACAAAUUUGUAGUAAUGCAUUUGUUCUUCAAGUGGACAUAUUAUCAGUUUACUAGUUCUUCACUUAGCGAGCUCUAACAACUUGUAACCGUUUCAGGAGUCCUGCUUGUCACUGACGAUAUUUUCGUCUUACGGUCCACUAGUUUUUUUAGUUUGACAUUCCCUUUCGUUUUUGUGUUGUCUAGAGCGACAAAUCUCAAUCUAGUUAUUAUUGCCGAUAUAAAUUUAAAAUUUAGAAUUUUAACUAACACAAGGAAGUCUGUUUUUUUUUCUCCGUGAUCAAACGUGCGCCUGGCGACAUUAUACUUCGAUGUUGUUACAACAAACCUCGAGUUGAGGUAUUUGCUAUCAAUUAACGCCCAUAAUUUGAAUGUAGGUUCUGCCAUUACUAAUUUCGUUAAUACUAAUUCUUCGAAUGAGAUUCUCUUGCCCGCUCCAAGGUUGUGUAUGUUAUUUUGUGAGCUGUGAGUCUUGUGCCUCCAUAAUGAAUUGAUGAACAAAA